GUCACUCAUUUAGCAGUUUCUCCAUACACCCUCAGCACAGACAGACAGAUAGAUAUACUACGGUGUACGAGCACACAAUCUCUGGUGUACACACAUUCCACACACACUUUCAGACGCUCGUUUUACACGGACUCGACUAGAUAGCAGCUGCCGCUGCGAAAGUCAACAAGAGCAAGAGGAAACAUCCACGAGUCAUGACAUCCUCGAAGUCAGCUCGGUUUACACAUCCGCGCUGCACUCAUAUACUCAGACAGACACUGUCGGGACAGCUUCAGUUUUAGUGUCUAUUUCUACAAACCAAGAAGAAUUGAAACAAAGAUUUUGGUAGUAUUUUUCCCUUCGUGUUGGAGCACCAAUAUUAUCUCGGUGGCAUGUUGUAGCGCACCGCCAGAGGAAGACAGAUCAUAAACGAUGCUGGCUGGAUAUCGGUCCCUAGGUCAGGUUCAGUCUCUGACCCCCACCCCUCACCUUUGACCUCUGACCCCUCACCUCAGAUGGAAGAACGUGCCCAUUCCUUUAGGAGUUCUUCCUGUAGCCUGAGCCUGAGAGCACUGAGCGUUCUCUCUCUCCGUCUCUUCUGUUCUGACCAUGAGGACUCUCCAUAGGUUGAAGUUGAUGAGCUCCCCCAGCCUCAGUGACCUGGGGAAGAGUGACAAGGCAGCCUUAGAGGAGAGAGGCACACAGCAGAGAAAAGCUGGAGCUAACGCCACCUGGAACAGCAUCCACAAUGCGGUGAUAGCUGUGUUCCAGAGGAAAGACCUGGGAGAGAAUGAGCUCUACAUCCUCAAUGAGGGAGUCAGGCAACUACUGAAGACGGAGCUGGGCUCUUUCUUCACUGAAUACCUCCAGAAUCAGCUGCUGACAAAGGGAAUGGUCAUACUGAGGGACAAAAUGCGUUUCUAUGAAGGUCAGAAGCUAUUGGACUCCUUGGCAGAGACGUGGGACUUCUUCUUCUGUGAUGUUCUGUCUAUGCUUCAGGCUAUCUUCUACCCAGUACAGGGUAAGGAGCCGUCGGUGCGGCAGCUGGCCCUGCUUCACUUCAGGAACAUUAUCACUCUGAACAUCAAGCUGGAGGACGCCCUGUCCCGCCCCCGCGCCCGUGUCCCCCCCUCUAUCAUACAGAUGUUGCUUAUACUGCAGGGUGUCCAUGAGUCUAAAGGAGUGACUGAGGACUACCUGCGUCUGGAAGCUUUGGUUCAGAAGGUGGUGUCUCCCUACCUGGGAACCCACGGGCUCUACUCCAACGACGGAUCCUCAAUGCACUACUCCUCCUGCGUACUGGAAAAACGUCUGCAGCGGCGGUGGCUCAAGCCAGGCGACGCCCCCUCAAAGAACCUGGUGGUCCGCUCCAAGUCCUACAAUGUGCCCAUGUUGACACCUGUGGUGGAGUAUGAUGCCGAGACAGGCUCCGUGAGCAGCAUGGGCAUCCGCCGCCAUUCCAUCUGCGAGAUGACUUCCUGUCUGGAAGAAGGCACCACCACCGACAUCACCACCAGUUCCUCCCUGGCCUCCGCGGCCCAGCCGGGCCUCUCCUGCCUGGAGCAGGAGCUCAGCCUGACAGCGGUGGGAGGUGGUGGAAGUCUGGAUCUCUGUGGGUCUGUGGGGUCUGGGUCUUUGGGGUCCCACCUCCAGCCCUCCAUCCCCUCACCCUCCAUCUUCCAGGACUCCCACUCCCCUGGACCCUUCCUCCACGGCGGGGGGGAGUCGAUAGUGUCCCCCUCGGUUCUGUGUCAGGCCCGCUCUGGUUCGGAGACGGGGUCUAUCCCCAGCUGUUCCUCCAGCCCGGAGACGGUGGUAGAUCAGAUACUAGACUCUAUGGAUUCUGACCCUGAUGGCAUCUUCAUAGACUUCUCCCACAACAGCUGCUCAGACUCUUCAUCCUCUGGUUACAGCAGGGAGAGUGGUAGACAGAGUGUGGUGUAAUUUGGGGUUGCGAAAUUCUGGUAACUUUUCCAAAAUCCCAGUUGGAUGAUCUCGGAUUGCUUGCUUAUUCAAUACUGAUUUCUGGAAACUCUGGGAAUAGUGGAAAAGUUUCUGGAGGUUUGCAGCCCUACUUCUGAUGGAUCUAAAGGGAAUAUCACAAAUACUGGCAUCAUCGGUACCCCACACACACCGUUGUCUCUAAAAAACACACCGCUCUUUCUAGGGUCUCUUUUUCAUGGAAUAUUUCUACAGUAAACUCCCUUUUAUGAAAUCAUUUUUCUUGCUUGAUUUUCACUUCUUGUGCUUCAUUUGGAGGAUAAACUGUACUAUGUGUUUGUAUUACUGAUGCUCAGUGACUGACAUCUUUGAAACAGUCUGAGGUGUCUCUUCAAGUCUUAUGAAAGGUCCAGUGGAAAGGAGGAGAGAUCAAUCAGCACUAGCUGCGCUCUCUGGGAUGACCCCCACCUGGUUCACCAGAGGUCAUGAGUUCACUGCUUUCUCAACUUGUCUCUUGUUCAGGUGUCAGUGGUAGUGGUGAGGAGAUAGAUAGGAUUCCAGUGUUCACGUGUCUCAUUUUAAGCAGUAGGCAUCAUGUAGGCCUGGGUGAGAUUUCUGCCACAUUCAUCUGUGGCUGGGCUUUUGUCUCGGCUUUAACAUUGCCCCCAUGUGGACGGGAUGUGCAAGUGUCUGCGGCGCCAGAGUCAAAUCUCAAUGUCAAAUACACAAAGAAAUGUGUUUGAAACGUGAAGGAGCUGGUGGCUCAGUGGUAAGGAUUUCGCCCCAUAAGCAUGGAGUUGUAUGUUCGAUUCCUGGCAAAGCCUUGAGGACUGUGACAACUGAUGGGCGUUUCCCCUCUUGUGAACAGCAGCAGUUAUGGAAGAAAAACAUCUACUUUUUCAGAGGUUUGUGAACACAACACACCCUGAUCCAGAGCUGUGACUGAACCUGCAACAUAUGGGGUGAGAUCUUUACACCAGAGCCACAGACUCCUUCACAUUAUGAACAUUUCUCUUUGUAAUUUUGACGUUGACAAUUGCAGAAAUGUUCACAAAAACCCAUAACCUUGAACCUCAAAGCCACAGACUCUCACACUUCAAGCUCUACUUACUAGGAUCCAAAUAGUUAAACACAUGCCUUCUCUCUCAACUAAUGAUUUAAUAUCACGUCUGAAAUUAUUAUGAUCGUUUGUAUUCUAAAUUACUUUGUAUGACACAGUCAUGUACAGAUAUGGAGUUGGCUUUAUGAAUGUAUUGCUGUUAAUUAUUGUAGCGCUUGAUGGACAAGUCAUUAUGAUUUGAUCUCAUGAUUAUGUUCAACUGAACCUCAACUCAAACUUGACAUUUAAUGCAGAAGUUUUUUGGUCUGUUCAUUUUUUUAAACGAAGAUUAUGGGCUUGAUUCAAUCCGUAGCGCUGAAGAUAUACGGAAUAGCGCGAUUAAAAUUUUAGACUGACCCGACAGUCUCUGCAAACAUUGCCUUUACAUUUCAAUCGCGCUAUACAGGGGCUCUCCAGCGCUAUGGCUUGAACCGAGCCCUAACAUUGCCUAAAUAGCAAGUAUCACACAUGAUUAUCCUACAAGUAAAAUUUGUAUACAGAUUUUUAAUAAGAUGAAUGACUUUCUACAGGUCUUUUCUUUUUGUGACAACCAUUGGUCCUGUUCAGGCUGAUGUGUAUCCUGAUAGAUAUUACGGUUGACAUUAUUUAUAUGUCAGUUUAUGUCAAUGAUGAUUCCCAUCAAGACAUACGAUGGCUUGAUUUGAUCCGAGUGUCUCUACAAGGGGUGGUAUACAUGAAGAAAUGUAAUGUAUAUGAAAUAUGUUUUAAGUUAAGAAAGUGAUCUGCAAGGAAUGAAUUAUGGGUUUGCAUCCCAAAUGGCACCUUAUUCCUUACGUAGUGCACUAUUUUUUAACAGGACCCAUAGAGGUCUGGUCAAAAGUAGUGCACUAUAUAGGGAACAGGUAUUGGUAUGCAGCCAUGAUGAAAUCUAAACUGUUGUUUUGCUCAUAUGAUGUAUGUAUGUAUGGUUUGACAACGAUGAAAUGCAGUAUGGAGGAAGAAACUAAAAGUUGAGUCUGUGACACAACAAUGUCCAUUUUUAUUUUUCUUAUAAACACCUAGAACUGAUAAAACAGACCAGCUCACAAAAAGUAGUUUUUUUUUCCUUCAACAUAAAUAUGCAGACUUCCUUUGAAAACGGAAUCACAACGCAAACAAAUGUGCGUCUGAAAUGCCACCCUAUUCCCUAUAUAGUGCACUACUUUUGACCAGGGUUCUGGUCAAAAGUAGUGCACUAGGGAUUAGGGUGCUAUUUCGGACACGUUCAGAGUAAUUUUCUAAAUAAAUUUUUCAGACUCAA